AUGGAAGUGUUGAUUAACAGUGGGGCUUAUGUCAGAAUAGAGACAGAGAGACUCCUCCUGGAGCACUGCAGGAAGCACAAAUACCUGGCCAAAACGGGAGAAACUUUUGUAAAACUUGUUGUGCACCUGAUGGAAAGACUUCUGGAUUAUAGAACCAUCAUGCAUGAUGAGAACAAAGAAAACAGGACGAGCUGUACUGUCAAUGUGCUGAAUUUCUACAAAGAAAUUGAAAGAGAACAAAUGUAUAUAAGGUGUUUGUACAAGCUGUGUGACCUGCACAAAGAGUAUGAUAACUACACUGAAGCCACUUACACUCUGCUUCUCCAUGCAAAGCUUCUGAAGUGGUCGGAGGAUGUGUGCGUGGCCCACCUCACCCAGCGGGACGGGUACCAGGCAACAACUCAAGGGCAGCUGAAAGAGCAGCUCUACCAAGAAAUCAUCCACUACUUGGACAAAGGCAAGAUGUGGGAAGAGGCCAUUGCUCUGGGCAAGGAACUUGCUGAACAGUAUGAAAAUGAAAUGUUUGAUUAUGAACAACUCAGUGAAUUGCUGAAAAAACAGGCUCAAUUUUAUGAAAACAUUGUCAAAGUGCUAAGACCCAAGCCUGACUAUUUUGCUGUUGGCUACUACAAACGGUUCCCCACAUUCCUUCGGGGCAAAGUUUUCAUUUACCGAGGAAAAGAGUAUGAACGCCGGGAAGACUUUGAAGCUCGGCUUUUAACUCAGUUUCGCAACGCUGAGAAAAUGAAGACGACAUCUCCACCAGGUGACAAGAUUAAAACCUCUCCUGGCCAGUAUAUUCAGUGCUUCACAGUAAAGCCCAAACUCAAUUUGCCCCCGAAAUUCCACAGGCCUGGGUCAGAGCAGAUUGUAAGUUUUUACAGGGUGAACGAAGUCCAGCGAUUUGAAUAUUCUCGGCCAAUCCACAAGGGAGAGAAAAACCCAGACAAUGAAUUUGCGAAUAUGUGGAUUGAGAGGACCAUAUACACAACUGCAUAUAAAUUACCUGGGAUUUUAAGGUGGUUUGAAGUCAAGUCUGUUUUCAUGGUGGAGAUCAGCCCCCUGGAGAACGCCAUCGAGACCAUGCAGCUGACCAACGACAGGAUGGCCAGCAUGGUGCAGCAGCACCUGGAUGACCCCGGCCUGCCCAUCAACCCCCUGUCCAUGCUCCAGAGCGGCAUUGUGGACCCUGCCACCAUGGGUGGCUUCGCAAACUACGAAAAGGCCUUCUUUACAGAGCGGUACCUGCAGGAGUACUGUGAGGCCCACGAGAAGAUCAAGAAGCUCAAGGACCUGAUUGUGUGGCAGAUUCCGUUUUUGGCCGAAGGGCUCAGGAUUCAUGGAGAAGUUACUGAAGCCUUGAGGCCGUUUCAUGAGAGAAUGGAAGCCUGUUUCAAACAGCUAAAGGAAAAAGUAGAAAAGCAAUAUGGUGUGCGAAUCAUGCCCUCAAAUCUGGAUGACAGAAGGGGCAGCCGUCCCCGGUCCAUGGUCCGGUCCUUCACAAUGCCUGCCUCCCCCCAGCCUCUGUCUGUGGUGUCCGUCUCAUCCCUGUCAUCCGACAGCACCCCUUCUAGGCCAGGCUCUGAUGGGUUUGCUCUGGAGCCUCUCCUGCCAGAGAAAAUGCACUCCAGGUCCCAGGACAAGCUGGACAAGGACGACCCAGAGAGGGAGAAGAAGGAGAAGAAGAAGGAAAAAAGGAACAGCAAACAUCAGGAGAUAUUCGAUAAGGAAUUCAAACCCAUUGCCGUUCCCCUGCAGCAGUCUGAGGCCGUGAUCCUCUCAGAAACGGUAAUUCCGCAGGGGGCCUUCCCCACCGGGCGGCGGCGGCUGGGACCCACUUCGUUCCAUGUCUUGUCAACGGGCUAUCAGUUGGGUUUCAGCGAAUUUGCUCUAAAGUAG